AUGUCGCUACUGGCCAGAACAGCACUAUAUUUCAAAUAUGCUGUGGCAGCAAAGUUCAAACUUGCACCUGCUCCAAUCAACGUCGAGGAAGUGAAGUUUAUUUACGACAGUUUUGGAAAGCUAGGAACGGUGGAGUAUUUCAAAGCCGACAAAGCCAAACACACAGAUCCUCAUCUUUUCGAACCAUUGGUGACUGUCCUUUUAAACCCAACAGAGCAGUUCUCCCAAAUUGACCCGUUGUCUGGUGUUGAUUCAACUAUCGCUUUAACUGGUUCUGAGCUACGCCAGAAACAAGGUAAUCUACGCCAAAAGCUACAAAACCUUAUAGGUCUCCCGCGGUUUUCGUAUGUUGAAAACGACAAAAAGUACUUUGGCGGCGAGGUCCAAGUGCCGUUCAAACACUCGCUACUACCGAGGGCUCUUCACCUCGAGUACAAGAUGAGCACCUCCACGAUAUCCUCGCCAUUUGUCUAUUUGGAGGAGGGCAACCCGGCCAAAGUCGCUCCUCAAAUCCGCCACAACUUCCAAAAAUACCACAAGUUUCAGCCGCUUUUCGUCCACUCGACACUUCAGUAA